GCAUUGUGCUAAAUAUCCUAUAGCAACAAUGGUUGGAAUUUACAGUAGUGCAUUUAUUUUAAUUUUGAAUAUUUUAAAUAAUGCUAAUGCGAUUCUUGGUAUACAGAGGCCUAUUUUAUUAGAUCCGCCCGAGAGUGUGAAUACCCUCAAAACGAGGAUUUCGGCUAAUUUGUAUUUUGAACAAAAAAUUGAUCAUUUUAAUCCAAUUGAUACCAGGACCUAUCAGCAGAGAUACCACAUCAACGAAGACUAUUACAAUGAAACAGUCAAAAAUCAUGUUUUCCUCAUGCUUGGUGGUGAAGGGGAAGCCACGGAAACAUGGCUCAAUUAUGGUUCCUGGUUGGACACAGCCAAGCAAUACGGUGCUCUUUUAAUAUAUUUGGAGCAUAGAUAUUAUGGACUUAGCCAACCUUUUAGUGAUUUGAGUACAGCAAAUCUUCAAUACCUCUCCGCUCAUCAAGCAUUAGAGGAUGCAGCAAAUUUCAUCGAAGGCAUUAACACUAUGUACAAUCUAUCAACACCUGAAGCCAAAUGGAUUGUUUUCGGAGGUUCCUAUGGUGGUACUUUAGCUGCUUGGUUGAGACACAAGUAUCCACAUCUUGUUUCUGGAGCAGUGUCUUCUAGUGGGCCUCUGGAAGCUGUUUUGGAUUUUAAUGAAUACCUUCAAGUUGUUAGAAAUGGCUUAGCAACACAUAGUUUAGAUUGUAUAGCUAAUAUUAAAGAUGCCUUUGCUCAAUUAGAUGAACUUACAUCUAAUUGUCUAGAAGACGCUGCAAUUUAUCAAGAAAUUGAUGAACUAUUCCAAUUAUGUGAAUCUAUUGAAACUAGUGAAGGUAACGAGAAAGAUUUAGCAACACUUUUUGAAUACCUGGCAGAUAAUAUUUUUGCCUUUGUGGUACAAUAUAAUGGCACUUUGAAUAAUUUAUCUAUAAACACUAUCUGCGAUGUAAUGACCAGCGACACUGAAAGCACAACCAAUCUUCAAAAGUUAUCCCAAAUAAACAGCCUCAUCCUAAACUAUACAAACACAGAUUGUAUAGACUAUAAAUAUGCUAGUUUAGUUGCUAGUUGGCAGAAUACCACCAUAGUAGCCAGUUCUAUGAUGCGUCAAUGGGUCUACCAAACAUGUACUGAAUUUGGAAAUUUCCAAACAUCCACUCAGGAACUUCCAAUUUUCGGGUCCCGAUUUCCUAUAAGCUAUUUCACAGACCUUUGUGUAGUAGUAUUUGGAGAGCAAUUUAAUGAAACCCUAACAUCACUUGGUAUUACUGCAACCAAUAAUAGAUACGGUGCUACAAACAUCGCUACAAAAAAUAUUGUUUAUUUCCAUGGCACUACAGAUCCUUGGUCUGUACUUGGAAAGUUAGAAACGACUAAUGAUGCUGAUGAUUAUGUUAUCGUUGUUGAUGGAGCGGCUCAUUGUAUGAACAUGCAUGCAGCUAGUGAGACUGAUUCAGCAGCUUUAACAGCAGCUAGAGAAAAAAUCGAUAACUUAGUUGGACAAUGGUUGGGUGUAGUUAGUGGAGAUUCUGAUGGAAGUUCAUCUAGUAUGCUUUCUGUUGGUAAUUCGUUUACGUGGAUUUGCUUUUCGAUUGUUCUCUAUUUUCUAAAUUAAGACAAAAAAUAAUUACUCAAUCCAUUUAAUAAAACAAUGUAUUUAAAUUUAAAAUAAUAUAUUAUGUACUUAGGUAUUCAUUAGAACUAAACAAAUUCAAAACUUAACUAAAAAAUAUUUAAUAAAUAUAAAAAACAAGAGAUACUACCAAAUAAAAAAAAAUUAUUUGAUCCCUAAUGAUUUUGUUUUUUUACAACCAUAUACCUUUUCAACUAAAUAAAAAAUUAAUUUAAUGGUAAGCUCUCGUGAAGCCACUGUCUACCACCAUCUUCGGAAAAGUCAGCAGCAGCAUGGUCUACCCCAUCCAAAACCCAUUUGGUAGUAAGCAAGCCCUCGACACCAACAGGACCUCUGGCAUGGAUUCUGGCAGUACUUAUACCAACUUCAGCACCCAAACCGAAUCUGAAUCCAUCAGCAAAUCUAGAGCUGGCAUUGUGGAACACACAGGCGCUGUCAAUUUUUCUUUGGAAAUCUGUGGCCCG